AUGGUAGUCAUGGUGAUCGAUUGUCGUGUUUACUUAAUGGGACUCGAUCUCCAUGGAAUUCACAAGGGCAUCGAACCAUCUAUAAACCCUAAAGGUAAACUUAUUACCCUAGACGACUCAGAUCGAGUCGAUAUAUCUCAAGUAUACCAUUGCGACGGUUUAUUGUUAUGCAUCACAAAAGAUUUCGCUAGGUUGGUUGUUUGGAAUCCGUACACGGGCCAAACCUUGUGGCUCACGCCUGGAGUCCGUGGCCCUAGAUUGGACCUUUAUAUAGAUUAUCAGUUUGGUGUUACGCGUGGGAGUUUCAUCAUUGACCAAGAGAUGAAAGUCGCUGUGGUUCUUGAUAAAGAAAGAUACGUGAAUGACCCCACUCGCAACGUAGCUCAUAUCAUUGGGGAGGAUGGCUAUUACAGAGAAGUGGACCUCGGAGAAUCUACAGAAAAACGUAAGUCUCCACUUGGGUGCUCCUAUGUUCCAAGUUCAGUGCAAAUCAAGCAAGGAGGCCAAAAGGAAGAAUUUUAA